AUCCACCAUGGGACUUUCAGAGCACGCCGUAAAGAAAAUGACGGUUAAGCAGCUGCACGAUGAGCUUGCAAAGCGCGACCUCGACAAGAAGGGAGCCAAGGCAGCUCUACAAGCGCGACUACUCAAACACUUGCAGUCUUCUGCCAGCGACACGCCCGUGGUGCCGCCGCCCGCUAAGGACGACGACACACAAACUGCUGCUAUUGCUGAGGUCGCCACCAUUUCCGACUCCACAGCCAACCCCCCCAAAGCGAAGCAACCCAAUUCUUCUCAUGACUCGGCAGAUAUUGCGUCGUCGAACACGGAUGAACCAGUUGAUACCGCCAACACCUCCACGACCCCGACGGUUUCUUCUUCAUCUCCCGAUCCGUCCAUCGAACAUGCCGAGUCCAAGGCGGACUCUACCGCCAUCGAUGCCGACAAGCCCCUCGAUGGCAAACGCCACCUUAGUCCUCCUCUCCACUCGUCCCCACGCGCCGCGAAAAAGCCAAAGCUCGAUGCGACCGAUAGCAUUCCCGAGUCCAAGGUUUCCCCCACACCCACCAUCCGCAUCGACAAUUUUAUCCGACCGUUUACACUCAACGCGGUCAAGGCCUUUGUGCAAGUCGACGCCUCGUUUGUCGACGACGGGUUUUGGAUGGAUGCGAUCAAAACGCACUGCUACGUCACGUACGCCACGACCGACGCGGCCAUCGACGCGCGCAGUCGCAUUUACGGCACCACGUGGCCUGAACUCAGCGGUCGCCAGCUCACCGUCGACUUUUCAACCGACACGGCCGCUGACAUUGCAGCCCAGCAAAAAGCCGCGACGACGGCGGCGGCCACCCCCGUGCCGACGGCAUCCGGUCGAAGCAACCGGCGGGAGGCGGCCGAUUCCUCCAAGGCAAAGGACACCACCAAGGUCCUCACCAAGCCACCCGUGACCGCGGACGACCUGUUUUGCAAAACCAAGGCGGUGCCGUCCUUGUUCUACCUGCCCGUGUCCGACGACCUCGUCGCCCGCCGCCGCGCCAACGUCGAGCGCAAAAAGCUCGGCCUCAUACGCCCCCGCCCCGGACGCAGCUCGCGCCGCUACCGCCACCGCCGCCGCGGCGGCAAUCGGUCGUCGGGCGGGGGGGGUCCUCUAGUCCAAGCCUAAGCCAUGUCCCUACUCUCUAACUGCUGGUACCCAAAUACCCCCAACCACCAAACCACCAAAUCGAUGGAAAGAGAGCCCGCCGCCACAUAAACACACACACAUGUUGUAGUUUGUAUACAUAUACAUAUAUAUAUAUAUAUUGUUUGUGAUAAAUA